AUGCAUACACCCCCCCGAUCAAACAAAAAGAACGAUGCUUCAACUAAAGAAAACAUAAUAUUUCGUAUACCAUAUUUUGGCCAAUGUAGUCAAGUUUAUGCUAAGAGAAUAACAGCAGCAGUUAAGAAAGUUUAUCCACAAGAAGAUGUUCGUAUUAUUUACGAUGUCACGAAGAAAAUUGGUGAUGGUUUAAGUAUAAAGGAUAGAAUACCAGAUGGUUUAAAGUCAGGUCCAGUAUAUGAAACGACCUGCCCUCAAGAACUCUUACAUAGCAAAACUAGCCGACACUUCAUCACUAGUGUAGGUGAUCAUAUGGAUUAUCAAGAAAAGAUCACUGGUAUUCAAGUUAAAACAAAAACAAAUCAAUUCAAAUCUAAAACAAUAUCGAUACAAAUUCAGCCAACUCAUCGUCUUUCCCGUCGGAUAGGACCUGUAACGAGAUUUCAAACCAAUAAACUACCUCCUUCUAUUAAAAAAGUUCAAGACGAAGAAUUUGGGGGAUUUUUAAUGGAGAAUAUGACAAAGAAUCAAGAAACAAAGUCUCCAGUAGCAACAACAGCCAUAGCUAAGCACUUUCAAAAUAGAGGACAUAUGAUAACAAGGAAUGAUUUUAGAAUUUUACUGUCCGAACAGCAUAAAUAUCAUCUACUAGUAAAAGAAUCAUUAUUGAUUAGAGCUAAUAUAUCAACGCUCAAUGGUACCGAUAGAUCAGCUCUCUAUAUGUUUUCCCAGAUGGAUUGGAAAGGAGGAUUUUAA